AUGACAGUUGAUACUAGCGGGAGGCCAACUGCCACUCAUGGCAUGAAAAGUACCAAGUCCGAGGGUUCGAUUCAUCUCGAGAAUGUGUUGCCAACAACUGCAUCCCGAGAUGCACCAGACGAUACAAGAAGGGUGACAGACUCACCUCGUGAUCCGCGCAAUUGGUCGCGGUGGAAGAAGAAUGCGCAGAUUUUGAUGGCAGCCUUUCAUUCUAUGAUGGGCACGUUCAUGGCAGCAGGCAUUAUCCCAGCUUAUGAUGCCUUCGCAACGCAGUACAAUGUAACCGUGCCCCAAGCCAGUUAUCUGACCUCAUUUCAGAUCCUGUUUCUCGGCCUGUCCCCCUUGUUUUGGAACCCAGUGACUGCGGUCUACGGUCGUUACAAUGUCAACCUGCUAUCAGUACUAGGGAGCAUGAUCUGCAACAUUGGGGGCGCCCGAUGCAGCACAUAUGGCGGCCAGAUGGCCACCCGAGUCCUGACAGCCUUCCUGAUCUCGCCUCCAAUUGGGAACGGCAGUGGCGUGGUGACGGAGUUGUGCGAGCCCGAAAAACGCGCGCAGAAGCUGGGAUGGUGGACGCUAAUGACCACCAUCGGUACCCCGGGAGGCCCAUUCUUUAUGGGAUUUGUGAUCAAACACAUUGGAGUCCAGUGGAUCUUCUGGAUUUUUGCCAUCAUCAACUUUUUCCAAUUUUUGUUCUAUCUCGCGAUCGGCGAUGAAACUAUCUAUAACCCAGAUAAUAAGCUUACGAGCACCGGGCUUUUUAAUAAGAUCAUCCCGCGACAGAUCAGCUUGCAACCAUUGAAAGUUCGAGACAUCGUGGCGCCAUUCUCUUUGGCAAAGUACCCUCGCAUAGUGAUUGUGGCAUGUGCCCACUCCAUCACCUUCUGUUACGCAAACAUUGCCUUGAUCGUCGAGAUGCCAAUCGCCACUGGCGAGAAAUUCCACUUCGACGCACAGCAGAUUGGUUUACAGUUCAUCUCCAUUAUCAUUGGGUGUGUCCUAGGCGAGCAAGUCAGCGGACCCAUAUCUGACUGGUUCUUGAAGCGUGUGCGACAGACUAGGGGGCACUCGUGCCCGGCCGACCGCUUGUGGCUGUCUUAUAUCGCGUUCGCCACGAUCUUCGCAGGUUUGUUGACGUGGGGCUUUCAGCUGCAGCAUGCAACCACAUGGAAUGUCACGCCAUGUAUUGGUGCCGCUAUUGCUAGUUUUGGCAACCAAAUGCAGACCACUAUCCUCACCACUUUUGCGGUAGAAAGCAAACAGGAACGAUCCUCCGAAGUUGGGGUCUUCAUCAACGCCUGCCGACAGAUUUAUGGAUUCCUCGGUCCCUUCUAUUUCCCUGCUAUGUUCGCAACAUUGGGUUUUGAUGGAGCUGCCGGUGUGAUGGUAGCCAUUAUUGGUGGAUGCUCCUUGUGUUCGAUUAUCGCUGUUCAAUUUGUGGCCACAUGUGCCAUUGUAUAA